AUGGCGGGAGCAUCCGUGAAGGUGGCGGUGCGUGUCCGGCCCUUCAACUCCCGGGAGAUGAGCCGGGAAUCUAAAUGCAUUAUCCAGAUGUCGGGAAGCACCACCACUAUCCUGAACCCGAAGCAGCCCAAAGAGACACCAAAAAGCUUCAGCUUUGACUAUUCCUACUGGUCCCACACCACGCCUGCAGACAUCAACUAUGCAUCUCAGAAGCAAGUGUACCGGGACAUUGGCGAGGAGAUGUUGCAACAUGCCUUUGAAGGCUAUAAUGUCUGCAUCUUUGCCUAUGGGCAGACGGGUGCCGGAAAAUCGUACACCAUGAUGGGGAAGCAGGAGAAGGACCAGCAAGGCAUCAUCCCGCAGCUGUGUGAGGACCUCUUCUCCCGCAUCAAUGACACGACGAACGACAACAUGUCCUACUCUGUGGAGGUGAGCUACAUGGAGAUAUACUGUGAACGCGUGAGGGACCUCCUGAACCCCAAGAACAAGGGGAACCUCCGGGUGAGGGAGCAUCCCCUUAUGGGCCCGUAUGUUGAGGACCUUUCCAAGCUGGCUGUGACCUCCUACAAUGACAUCCAGGACCUCAUGGACUCUGGGAACAAGGCCCGGUGAGUUGGGGGAGCAGGAGAUGCUGCCACUAACAUGAACGAGACCAGCAGCCGCUCCCAUGCUGUGUUCAACAUCAUCUUCACGCAGAAGCGGCACGAUGCCGAGACAGACAUCACCACUGAGAAGGUCAGCAAAAUCAGCUUGGUGGACCUGGCAGGGAGUGAGCGAGCCGAUUCCACUGGUGCGAAGGGCACAAGACUAAAGGAAGGAGCAAACAUCAACAAGUCCUUGACCACGCUGGGGAAAGUCAUCUCUGCCCUGGCCGAAAUGGAUUCGGGGCCGAACAAGAACAAAAAGAAGAAGAAGACGGAUUUCAUCCCGUACCGGGACUCAGUGCUGACCUGGCUGCUGCGGGAGAACCUGGGGGGCAACUCCAGGACAGCCAUGGUCGCUGCUCUCAGUCCUGCCGACAUCAACUAUGAUGAGACCCUCAGCACCCUCAGGUACGCCGACCGUGCCAAGCAGAUCCGCUGCAACGCUGUCAUCAAUGAGGACCCCAACAACAAGCUCAUCCGGGAGCUGAAGGAUGAGGUGGCACGCCUGCGCGACCUUCUCUACGCCCAGGGCCUUGGGGACAUCAUUGACACCCAUCCUGCUGCAGGAGGAUCCAAAUUGACCAAUGCCAUCGCCGGGAUCAGCCCCUCUUCCUCCCUGUCGGCCUUGUCCAGCCGCGCCGCCUCCGUCGCCAGCCUCCACGAGCGCAUCAUGUUUGCUCCGGGCAGUGAAGAGGCAAUUGAAAGGCUCAAGGAAACAGAGAAGAUCAUCGCGGAGCUGAACGAGACAUGGGAGGAGAAGCUGCGGAGGACGGAAGCAAUCCGGAUGGAGAGGGAAGCGUUGCUGGCCGAAAUGGGGGUGGCCAUGAGGGAGGACGGAGGCACCUUGGGUGUUUUCUCUCCUAAAAAGACACCCCACUUGGUCAACCUGAACGAGGAUCCACUCAUGUCCGAGUGUCUUCUCUACUACAUCAAGGACGGGAUAACGAGGGUUGGCCGGGAAGAUGCAGAGAAGAGGCAGGACAUCGUUCUCAGCGGGCACUUCAUUAAGGAAGAGCACUGCCUUUUCCGCAGCGACACCAAAACCGGUGGUGAAGUAAUAGUGACCCUGGAGCCCUGUGAAGGUGCCGACACCUAUGUGAAUGGCAAAAAGGUGACGGAGCCCAGCAUCCUGCGCUCAGGAAACCGCAUCAUCAUGGGGAAGAGCCAUGUCUUCCGCUUCAACCACCCCGAGCAGGCUCGGCAAGAGCGGGAGCGGACCCCGUGCGCCGAGACCCCUGCUGAGCCUGUUGACUGGGCUUUCGCCCAAAGAGAGCUGCUGGAGAAGCAGGGCAUCGACAUGAAGCAGGAGAUGGAGCAGCGGCUCCAAGAACUGGAGGACCAGUACCGGAGGGAGCGGGAGGAGGCGAAUUACCUUCUUGAGCAGCAGAGGCUGGACUACGAGAGCAAAUUGGAGGCUUUGCAGAAGCAGAUGGACUCUAGGUAUUACCCUGAGGCAAACGAGGAAGAGGAAGAACCUGAGGAUGAAGUGCAGUGGACAGAGCGGGAGUUCGAGCUGGCCCUCUGGGCCUUUAGGAAGUGGAAGUGGUACCAGUUCACCUCCCUCCGCGACCUACUCUGGGGCAAUGCCAUCUUCCUCAAGGAAGCCAACGCCAUCAGUGUGGAGCUGAAGAAGAAGGUCCAGUUCCAGUUCGUGCUCCUCACGGACACGCUGUACUCGCCUCUCCCUCCUGACCUGCUGCCUCCCGAUGCCGCCAAGGACCGGGAGAAGCGGCCAUUCCCCCGAACCAUUGUGGCUGUAGAGGGGCAGGACCAGAAGAACGGGGCAACGCAUUACUGGACCCUGGAGAAGCUGAGGCAACGCCUGGACUUGAUGCGUGAAAUGUAUGACCGUGCAGCAGAAGUGCCUUCUAGCGUCAUUGAGGACUGUGACAAUGUGGUGACCGGCGGAGAUCCUUUCUAUGACCGCUUCCCCUGGUUCAGGCUGGUUGGCAGUUCAGAUAUCUCUGGCUGCAACAGCUCUCCUCUUUUCAACACAUGCAUGAGCGAGCGCAUGGCUGAUCUCACCCCCUCCCCUACCUUCUCGAACCCCGACUCCGACAUCACCGAGCCUGCUGACGAGCAGCACCACGGGCAGGAGGAGGAGGAGGAGGAGGAGGAGGAGGCGGAGGACCUGGAGGAAGACAUCUUUCCGGAGUGCCCGCUGUGUGAUGGCCGGGAUCCAUUUUACGACCGCUCCCCCCUGUUCAGUUUAUUCCAGUCGGAGUCAUGCCCGGCCGUGGGGAUGUCUCGCUCGGGGACCUCCCAGGAAGAGCUGCGUAUCGUCGAAGGCCAGGGGCAGGUCAGCGACAUGGGUCCCUCCGCUGAUGAAGUCAACAACAAUACCUGUGCAGUGACCCCAGAGGACCUUCUCCUGGACAGCCCAGAGAAGCCUGCGACAGAUGGGCCACUGGAGACGGCUCUGGACCACCUGAAGCUGGGCAGCAUCUUCACUUUCCGUGUGACGGUCCUGCAAGCCUCCAGCAUCUCCGCGGAAUACGCAGACAUCUUCUGCCAGUUCAACUUUAUUCAUCGCCAUGACGAGGCCUUUUCGACAGAGCCCUUGAAGAACACGGGACGGGGGCCACCGCUGGGCUUCUAUCAUGUCCAAAAUAUCGCUGUGGAGGUGACCAAGUCCUUCAUUGAAUACAUCAAGAGCCAGCCGAUUGUAUUUGAAGUCUUCGGGCACUAUCAGCAGCACCCCUUCCCGCCCCUCUGCAAGGACGUCCUGAGCCCGCUGAGGCCAUCCCGGCGCCACUUCCCCCGUGUGAUGCCACUCUCCAAACCAGUGCCUGCGACGAAGCUGAGCACCAUGACUCGGCCCAGCGCCGGCCCGUGCCAGUGCAAGUACGACCUGAUGGUCUUCUUUGAGAUCUGUGAGCUGGAGGCUAACGGCGACUACAUCCCUGCCGUCGUGGACCACCGUGGAGGUGUGCCGUGCCAUGGGACCUUCCUCCUCCACCAGGGCAUCCAGAGGAGAAUCACCGUCACCUUGGUGCAUGAAACAGGCAGCCUCAUCCGCUGGAAGGAAGUGCGGGAGCUGGUUGUGGGUCGGAUCCGUAACACCCCAGAAGCAGAUGAGUCUCUCAUUGACCCCAACAUCCUGUCCCUGAAUAUCCUCUCCUCCGGGUACAUCCACCCCUCCCAGGACGACCGGACUUUCUACCAGUUUGAGACGGCGUGGGAUAGCUCCAUGCACAACUCGCUGCUGCUCAACCGUGUCACCCCAUACCGAGAGAAAAUCUAUAUCACCCUUUCCGCCUACAUCGAGAUGGAGAACUGCACUCAGCCUGCUGUCAUCACCAAAGACUUCUGCAUGGUUUUCUACUCCCGGGACGCCAAGCUUCCUGCCUCCCGCUCCAUCCGCAACCUUUUUGGCAGCGGCAGCCUGCGGGCUUCUGAGAGCAACCGUGUGACAGGAGUCUAUGAGCUCAGCCUCUGCCGCGUGGCUGACGCCGGCAGCCCAGGCAUGCAGAGACGGCGCCGGCGUGUGCUGGACACCUCCGUAGCUUACGUGCGGGGAGAGGAGAACCUGGCUGGCUGGCGGCCCCGCAGUGACAGCCUCAUCCUCGACCAUCAAUGGGAGCUGGAGAAACUCAGCCUCCUGCAAGAAGUCGAGAAGACAAGGCACUACCUGCUCCUGCGCGAGAAGCUGGAGACGACCCAGCGCCUGGGCCUGGAGACCCUGUCUCCCUGCUCCAGUGAGGACUCCGAGUCCCGAAGCACCUCCUGCAUCUCCUCCCCACUCUCUGUUGAUGGGGCCCCCGAGGGCCGCAGCUCUCCCUCUGAGACCCCCAGCGAGAGGCAGAAGGAGCUGGCCGUGAAGUGCUUGCGCCUGCUUACGCACACCUUCAACAGGGAGUACAGCCACAGUCACGUCUGCAUUAGUGCCAGCGAGAGCAAGCUGUCCGAAAUGUCCGUGACACUGAUGAGAGACCCCUCCAUGCCAGCUCUUGGGGUCACCACUCUCACCCCCUCCUCAACCUGCCCAUCGCUGGUGGAAGGACGCUACAACGCCAUGGAGGUCAGACCCCCCCAGGUCUCCUCCAGGGCGGAUAGCCCUGACCUGGAGCCUGCGGUAGAAGGAGAGCAGAAGAAGUCCCCAGCCCGCCGGCCUGAGGAGGAGAAGGAGCCCCAGCGUUUGCUGGUGCCCGACAUCCAGGAGAUCCGGGUCAGCCCCAUUGUCUCCAAAAAGGGCUACUUGCACUUCCUGGAGCCCCACACCAAUGGGUGGGUGAAGCGCUUUGUGGUGGUCCGGCGCCCAUACGUCUACAUCUACAACUCGGACAAGGACGCGGUCGAGAGGGCCAUACUCAACCUUUCCAAGGCCCAGGUGGAGUACAGUGAGGACCAGCAGGCCAUGCUCAAGACCCCGAACACGUUUGCGGUGUGCACGGAGCACCGGGGCAUCCUGCUGCAGGCGAGCAGUGACAAGGACAUGCACGACUGGCUCUACGCCUUCAAUCCCCUCCUGGCUGGGUCCAUAAGAUCCAAGCUGUCCAGAAGGAGAACAGCCCAGAUGAGAAUCUAA